UUUCCUCUCUGAAGAAGACAAUGACAUCAGAGAAUGCAGCACGCAGCGCGGCGCCACCUCAGAGAGUCUGCGUGUGGACGCCCCUGGCUCCUCCCACAUGUCAAGUCACAGCGGGGAGCUGCGCAUCCUGAGCGUUUAUGGACAAGGGGAGAGCCCACUGGCGGUGGACGUCCAUAACACCCUUUUUGCCGCGUCAGAACUGGAGGCCUUGAGCUCGCUGUCCGCUGACCACAGCGUGGCCAAGAGCCUGAACUGCAGUGUGCGGCUCGUCCGCCUUGAGGAGCUGACUGGGCAUCGGGGCGGCCGCAAGGGACGGCCUGGUGUCUUGUGUGGAAAGGUUAUUCCCAACAAUGCCAAUAUGAUCGUCCACAAGAGGACUCACUCCGGGGAGAAGCCCUACAAGUGUGACCAAUGCAUGAAGUGCUUCCGUCAGAAAGGCCCCCUGAAGCGCCACAUGAGGAAUCACUCCGGGGAGAAACCCUACAGGUGUGACCAAUGCACGAAGUGCUUCAGUCUGAAAGGCACCCUGAAGCGCCACAUGGUGACUCACUCUGGGGAGAAACCCUACAAGUGUGACCAAUGCACGAAGCGCUUCAGUCGGACAAGCCACCUGAAGAUCCACAUGAGGACUCACUCCGGUGAGAAGCCCUACAAGUGUGACCAAUGCACGAAGGGCUUCCUUCUGAAAGGCUCCCUGAAGAGCCACAUGAGGACUCACUCCGGUGAGAAGCCCUACAAGUGUGACCAAUGCACGAAGCGCUUCAGUCAGAAAAGCCACCUGAAUGGCCACAUGCUGACUCACUCUGGCGAGAAGCCCUACAAGUGUGACCAAUGCACGAAGCGCUUCAUUCGGUCAUACCGCCUGAGGAUCCACAUGAGGACUCACUCUGGGGAGAAGCCCUGCGUGUGUCUGCAGUGCAACGCCAGCUACUGCGGCCCAAGCAGUUUGCGUGUGCACAUGCUCAAGCACACUUUGAGCCACAUGAGGACUCACUCCGGUGAGAAGCCCUACAAGUGUGACCAAUGCACGAGGCACUUCAGUCGGAAAGGCCACCUGAAGAUCCACAUGAGGACUCACUCUGGGGAGAAGCCCUGCGUGUGUCUGCAGUGCAACGCCAGCUACAGCGACCCAAGCAGUUUGCGUGUGCACAUGCUCAAGCACACUUUGACACGGGGUAACGGGACGCUUUGAUUGAGACCUCUGUCCUGUAUUGGUUGAAAUUACUGCUUUUUGUUUUUCUCUUCAUCACGAUUAAACGCUUCGUACUUUCGA